GGGCAAGGGUUGGUGGUGUUUGACAAUCACAUACUGCAACUUUUCCACAUCGAACUGCUUCCCUUCUCGUUUUUACUAGGUGAUUCAUGGCUGCCUAGCCAAAUUACCAGAAUACCCCCUCACACAGAUUUCAGAUGCAUAAGCCCACUCCACGUGGUUGAGCAGAAAGACAAGUAUCGCCUGAUUCUGGAUCUCCGAAAGGUGAACGACGCAAUAAUCGUCCCCAAAUUUAAAUAUGAGGCACUCAACCGCGUAGCGGACCUCGCCCGCCAAGGAGAUUGGAUGUUCUCCAUCGAGUUGAAAUCAGGCUAUCACCAUGUCGACAUCCAUCCCUCGUGCUGGACGUUCCUCAGCUUUGAAUUCGACGGGUGCACAUACGCCUUCCGAUCCUUGCCGUUCGGCCUUGCCACAGCACCAUUCGUCUUCACGCAGCUCAUCAAGCAAUUAGCUCGGCGAUGGCGGGAGCAGGGGGUCCGCGUGAUACCCUACGUGGACGAUAUCCUCUUCCUGUGCCCGACCCAGGCACACGCUCAAGCCACGUGCCAACGGAUCGUUAUCGAUCUCAAGGCUGCUGGGCUCGUACUCAACUCAAAAAAGUCAAAGUUGAUACCAACACAGCACCUUCGGUUCCUUGGCGUAGAACUUGACACACAGGCCGGCCGCUAAGCCAAAUACAAGUCAGCACAGUUA